CUCCUCGUAAAGGGGCGCUUCGCAAAUGUUGCUCCGGGAUUAUCCCCACAGCAGCCCUGCGAAGUAGUCGGUGCUAUUAUUCCCAUUUUGCAGUUGAUGAAACUGAGGCAAACUGGUCAAAUGACUUGGCUAAGGUCAGCCGGUUAGCUCCAGCCAUUGGCGUUCAGGUCUAUCCGGGCUGCACCAUCCACCGCCUCUGAACAACGAUGGCCGACAAGGUGCUGGUGACCGGAGGGGCCGGCUACAUUGGCAGCCACACGGUCCUGGAGCUGCUGGAGGCCGGCUACCAGCCCGUGGUGAUCGACAACUUCCACAACACCGUCCGAGGGGAGGGUCCCGUGCCCGAGAGCCUCAGGCGAGUGGAGGAGAUCACCGGCAAGAAGGUGGAGUUUGAGGAGAUGGAUAUUCUGGACAAGGCGGCGCUGCAAGGGCUCUUUAAGAAGCACAGUUUCACGGCCGUGGUCCACUUUGCGGGGCUCAAGGCCGUUGGGGAGUCGGUACAGAAGCCUCUGGACUAUUACAAGGUCAAUCUCACAGGGACCAUCCAGCUGCUGGAGACCAUGAAAAGCCACGGGGUGAAGAACCUGGUGUUCAGCAGCUCGGCCACCGUGUACGGCAACCCCAGCUACCUGCCCCUGGACGAGAACCACCCCACCGGGGGCUGCACCAACCCGUACGGCAAAUCCAAGUUCUUCAUCGAGGAGAUGAUCCGGGACCUGUGUCGGGCAGAGAAGGACUGGAACGCCGUGCUGCUGAGAUACUUCAACCCCAUCGGGGCCCACCCCUCGGGCCGCAUCGGUGAGGACCCACAGGGCAUCCCCAACAACCUGAUGCCCUACGUCUCCCAGGUGGCAGUAGGACGCCGGGAGAUCCUCAACAUCUAUGGCAACGACUACAACACGGAGGAUGGGACAGGUGUCCGGGACUACAUCCACGUUGUGGACUUGGCUAAGGGCCACAUCACAGCCCUGAAGAAACUCAAGGAACAGUGCGGCUGUCGGAUCUAUAACUUGGGAACAGGCACCGGCUAUUCUGUGCUCCAGAUGGUGACUGCGAUGGAGAAGGCCUCAGGAAGGAAGAUCCCGUAUAGGAUCGUGGGCCGCCGGGACGGGGACGUGGCCGCCUGCUACGCCAACCCCAAGCUGGCCCAGGAGGAGCUGGGCUGGACGGCCGACUUCGGCCUAGACAAGAUGUGCGAGGACCUCUGGCGGUGGCAAGAGCAGAACCCGAUGGGAUUUGGCAGCCAGGCCUGACGGGCCACUGAGGGUCGUGGGAAACGAUGGACCGCCCCCACCUGAGCUUUCACCUGGCCUUAUUACAUCUCUGGCCUCCUGAGGACCAAGGGAAGGAGGGAGGGGCACCAAAUGCCCACCUCAGAGCCCACCUAGCUCCUCCCUGGAGGCCACGCCUGCCAGGGAGGGCACGGGAGCCAGGGAGGGCUCACCUUCCUACCUCACCCCCACCCAGGGGACCUCCUUCCUCCAGGGAGCUGAAAGUGCCCAUCUCCUGCCCACCAGGACCAGGCCCAUCCAAGAGGAGCCCUCAUGGUCCCCAAAGCAUGGGGGAGAGGGAGGUGGGUGGGUACAGACCCAGCCCCCUCCCCAAAUCAUUUCAAGUCUUGUAAUCGGGUCGGCAAAUAAAAGUUUCUUACACUUUG